AUGAGUAAUAGUAUCGCAUUUUCGUGCGAUUUUAAUAAAUACAAAUGUGCUCUAUUUCUCUGCGAUAUGCAAGAAAAAUUUCGUCAAUCAAUAUUAAAUUUCAACGGCAUAACUGACAUUUGUAAACGUCUACUAACAGUAGCAACUGUCCUCGAUAUUCCUUUAAUUGUAACUGAACAAUAUCCAAAAGGACUUGGUUCAACAAUCAAUGAAUUAGAUAUAACCAAUGCAAAACUGAAAAUAGAAAAAACAUGUUUUAGUAUGAUGGUCGACGAUGUUCAUAAUUAUUUAAAAAAAAAUGAAGAUAUUAAAAUAAUUUUACUCUGUGGUAUUGAAUCACAUGUCUGUAUAUUACAAACAACAUUGGAUCUUAUACGUGCGGGAUAUUGUGUAAUGGUAAUUUCAGAUGGUGUAUCAUCAAGAAACGAAACUGAACGACAUUAUGCAUUUGAAAUAAUGCGACAGGCUGGUGCAAUUAUAACCACAUCAGAAAUUUGUUUAUUUCAAUUAAUUCGCGAUAAAAAUCAUUCACAUUUUAAAACAAUUCAAAAUUUAAUUAAAAAUGUUUCUUCUACAUCGACAAAUAUUCCUAGUUUGCCAAUGAAUAAACUAUAA